AUGAAAAAUGGCCAUGGAUGGUUUGUUGAUUUUAUUUCCAACAAUUUUGUGGAAACUUUAAAAGAAAGAUUUUUAAACAAAAACACAAUAUUGACUGGCGAGAUACUGGCAAUUGGCUUUAUUUUUCUAAUUUUGCAAGAUCUCUACAAAAUUUUCCAGAGAAAUUUACAAAAAUCCCUAAUGCCUCCUCUUCAUUCAAUUUUAGCUGACUUAUCUAUCCUUGUAGUGCUAUGAUUUAUAACAUCAUUUCUCUACUACUUGAAUAUUAUUCCAAAUUUUGAAAAUGAGCUGAAUAUUAUAAUAAUUGGUUUUGCACUAUUCAUUUCUAUUUGAUUAUUCACUGGAUUUUCACUAGUUUUAAUAGGAAACAUGUAUGCUGAGAAAUGGAAAAAUAUCCUAGAUGGAAAAAUAAAUGCUGAAGGAAAUAGUUUUAUUGAAGAAAUUCUAGAGAUAAAGAAAGGAUUCACUAAGACAAAUUAUCAACCGUGCCCAAUCGAAAUGAGGCUUGACGAUGGCUUUGAUUUCGGAGAAUAUUUAUGCAAAUCAUUAGGGAAGGUAAUUAAAGAGUCGUUUCAUGUUACAUGAAUGGGAUUUAUAGUUACAGUAAUUAUUAUUUUAUUAUGAAGAAUUGUUUUAUUUAUGGGAAAUCAAGCCGAAAUUGUAUUUUUAUGGAUUAUUCCUGCUUUUGAGAUUUUUACUUCUAUAAUAUUUUUAAUGAAACUGAAAUCAAUCUACAAGCAGUUGAUUCCCCAAGAUAAAGCAAGAAUGAGUUUGACGAAAAACUUAAAUAAAUACUUUAUUGAAAGCACAACCAAGCAGGGUCAUCAGGAAAAAAAGGUAGAUUUUUCCGAUAUUUUUUGACGGUAAAAAAGCAGCAGGAAAAAAAAACAGCCUGGCGUUUUGUUGGCCUAAUUCAACCAAGUAUCCUUCAUAUCUUGAUGGUGUUAUUCCAAAUAUUGAAAUAUCCGAGCCAAGAAGCAGACUGUUCCUGUGCCAAAUAAACCCAUUUAAACUAAGCUGCUGCUAUAUUUUUCAAGGUCGACCACCCAAUCGACACGAAUUACUAUUUUGAUUUGACAGUUUUGGACCACGAUUUUUGUUAUAUUCAACUCAAGGACUUUUAAUGGUCUCAUCUUUAUGAAUUACUUCAUGCGCUCUUAUCUAUAUUCCAUCAUUUUAUUCUCAAUCCAAUAUAAAUGCAGUACUUUUUUCAUUGUCUUUCUUUAUCUGGCUGCUAUUAAUAUGAUAUUUAAUCCCUUCAAUCAUAUAUUGGCUUGUCUUAACCACAAAAAUCGAAUUAAUGAAAGAUCAAAAAAUUAUCAAUGAAAUUAUAUGUGAAAGCUUAAAAAAUAAAGUCAAAAGAACAGUGAGAAUUUAUAGACAACUAAAAAUGAUUUAUAGAGAUAUAAAACGGACAAAAACUGGGGAGGAAAAAAUUUCUCUUUUGAAUAAUAUGGAUAAAUUUGUUGAAGAAACAUUUUUCCUGGUAGCUUCUACAAAAUUAAAAAUAAUUCCUGCUAGAAAUCUUGAAAAGAUUUUAGAUUUAUUUGGAUAUUUUAAAAUGGCGGGUGAGUCAACCUGCACUAUUAACACCUUAGCCAGUAGGUUCAUUUGGGCAGCCAGAGACCUUGAGGAAGGGAGGAAAGCGCUCGGAAAUGUGUAUUCGGCAAGGUUUUACUUGGAUUGAUGAAGCGCAAUGUCGGGUUAGCCGACCACAUACUCAAAUCAGGUCAAGGAUUUACCUCGUGAGAAGAUUGUUCGCUGGAGUUGCAAAGGGGACGCCGAGCAAGACCAGGGGUUUCCGCUUGGCCAGUCGGGCAAAUCCCAAGCUCGAUGCUUGGCUCUACCUGGGCUCCGGUUUCUUUUUGUCGACAGCUCUAUCAGAAAAUUCGAUUUUUCAAUUUUCGGAAAGAGCGAACCCCGUUGAGGUUCAGAAUGGCCCAGCAUAUCAGCUUCUCGGGUAAUAAGUGCAAGCCCUCGUCCUUGAGGAGCAAUAAAGUGGAGCCGUGCCUGGACUGGCAAGCAAGAGGUGGAGCUUUAUUCGGAGGCUAGUAAUGGCCUGCAGCCUACAGCGGAUUUCUCUAUAAGUAAUUUAGUAAGAUUUAUUUGGGAUGAAACUAAAUAGGGAUGAGCUUAGAUUGUUUUGUAAAGAAUGCUCGCCUGAUGAAAAUGAUAAUAUAUGCAUCUGCAAUUUUAAAUCAGCUAUUGAAAGGUUUUUGUUAGGAUAUGAAUUGAGCGUACCUUGUCUUUUGAUCAUGAUUUUCUAUGCUAGGCAUUUCCUAGGCGUAUUUGGUCGAAAUUUUAUCCUCAUCAGAGACAUUUGCCCAGCUAAAGAUCGAGGAAAAAGCUUUGGUGAAGAUGAUAAGAGAUAAAUCUCCAAGGAAAAGACAUGCAGCCUAAUUGAGACCUUAUGAAGCAACAAAAUUCGUAUUUGAAACUCAUUUUAAAUUGAAAGGUGAAAUUACUAUUUCUCUUACUCCCCCCCUGCGUGAGUGAACAAAACCAUUAGAAAAAUCCCUAUUUUUUUGCCCAAAAAACCACACCUCCGUGAGUGAACAAAAAUUUUUUAAUAGAAAAAUUUUUAAUGAAAAAAAAUUUGACAUAUAAGUGAUAAUUAGUAUAAUGAAAUCUAGAGCUAAUUAUGUUUAAUUUUUAUACAAAUUGCGUUUUUUAAAACAUAAAUUUUGCAAAUUAAAUUUAUAUUUACUUCCAAAUUUUUGCGAAUUAGGAUUUUUUAAAUUUCGAAAAAAAAAUUUCUAUAAAAUUUAUCUAUAAUUGUUUUUAAAAAAAAAAAUUAACCCCCUCCGCGAGCGAACAAAAUUUUUUUGUUCACUCACGGAGGGGGGGGAGUUAAAGAAAUCAGAAAUUUUUUUAAUUUAUGGAUAAUACAUUUUGGGGUUGAAGAUAUUAAUGGCUUUAUUUGUGACGUUAAAGGACUUGAAGGAAGCUUCGGGCAAAUUAAAAUAGAAGAUAUUGCAAGUAUGGUCCAAACUCAUGUGGCUUUUUUUAAUAGUUAA